AUGACCACUACUGUAGUAGGUGCUACUGAAGACCAUAGAGCCACCAGCUUUGCUUUGAAGGUUGCUGACUGCCCAGAGACAAAACAUCCCAUCAAAAUAGUGAGCACAUGGCAAAGCUGCCAGUGGUACAAGAAGGACCAUAAACUUAAAAUCCCCAAAGGUUACGUUCGUUUCCAUCUGAUCUCUCCGUUGAUACAGCGGUCUGCAGAGAACAUAGUGUUGUUCGAUACGUUUGUAAACAUCCUUUCUCUCAACCUUGAUGAACCAGCUUACGCAGCAGACGUCGCCCAGCUGGAAUACAAGCUGGUGGCUGGAGAGCACGGCUUAAUCAUUCGAGUGAAAGGAUUCAAUCAUAAACUACCUCUUCUGUUUCAGCUCAUCAUUGAUUACUUGACUGACUUCAGCUUUACUCCAGCAGUUCUUGAAAUGAUAACAGAGCAGCUGAAGAAAACAUAUUUCAAUAUCCUUAUCAAGCCUGAGACUCUGGCCAAGUGAGUUCUGGGGGAGAGUAAAGGAGGCAGCACUGCAGUUGUUGAGGUUGAGCAAGGAGCCCAGAAAACACUGCUCUGUGCUGGUGGAGGUUUGUUCCAGGGCAGCUCGUGGCUCUGACUGCUCAGUAUAUCAAACUCGAGGCUCAGACCGGGCCUGCAGGUAGCUGCUGUUCUGAAGCAGCCAGCAGCAGGGGCUGAGGCAGGGCAGGGUGAGCCCACAGCGGUGCUCUGGGUACUAUCUGCCCAUCUGCUGUGUGCUCCUGAGUCAGAAGUGGGAUCACUUACAUUAGGC